CAUCUCCGCCCUCCUGGGAGGGGGGUUGUCGUUGCCGUGGUAACCGCGAUAAACUACAGGUUCUCUGAAUACAGGCAGCGGGCGGUAGUGGGAGUCUUUGGUAGAAGACAUGAAAGAACCAGAUGAUCAGGAUACUGAUGGGGGGAAAUCAGACCAAUCAAAGAGUGAUGGGAGGCAGUCUUCUAAGUCUGAAUCAAAAUCUCAUACAAAAGAAGUUUUAGAAGAUACCACAGAUGAAACAAUUACUGAAAGGGAAGAGUCAUAUCUAGAGGAAGAAAGUUCAGAUCUGGAAGAUGUGGGAGAAAGUUCAGGUUCAUCUGAUUAUGACCAUUCAGAAAGCACUAGAACAUCUCAGGAACUCCCUGCCCCAGCUGCAGAAGAGGCAGAAGAGGAAGUUAAGAAGAAAAUAUCAGAGUCUUUCUUCUACAAUUACAUGGAGCUUGCUUCAAAGCCUUUUGUGACGCCAGAUUCUAGCAUAACUCUGAAUUUUCUUGAGCUUGUAUAUUCUUUUGGUUAUGACUGUAGAAAGCGAGCCAACCUACAACUUCUAGACAGCAGUACCUUGAUAUACAUCGCUGGGAACCAGCUGGUUCUUCUGAAUUUUAAAACCAAGGAACAAAUCUACCUACGAAGUAGCAGUGGUGAAGGAAUUGGUGCCAUUGGGGUUCAUCCACAUAAAACUUACUUCACAGUAGCUGAAAAAGGAAGUUUUCCAAAGAUUAUCGUCUAUGAAUACCCUUCUUUGAGGCCCUACAGAAUCCUUCGAGAUGGGACUGAGACGGCAUAUACUUAUGUGGACUUUAACUACAUGGGUACCUUGUUGGCCUCUAUUGGUAGCCACCCUGAUUACACAUUGACUAUUUGGAAUUGGAAAGAAGAGCAACCCACACUGAGGACAAAAGCUUUUUCUCAGGAAGUUUUUAAGGUUACUUUCAAUCCUGAAGAUGAAGAGCAACUUACUACUUCGGGAUCAGGCCACAUCAAAUUCUGGGAAAUGGCUUUUACAUUCACUGGCCUCAAGCUGCAGGGAUCACUAGGUCGAUUUGGCAAAACAGCCACUACUGAUAUAGAAGGCUAUGUGGAACUCCCAGAUGGGAAGUGGGAAGGCAGCCUCAUCAAAGUGGAGCUAUGCCGAAGUGGCAUGAAGUCCUGUCACAACGGUCCCAUCAACCAGAUAAUGCUGGAUGAGGGUGAGGUUAUCACUGCUGGGUCAGAUGGCUGUGUUAGGAUAUGGGACUUUGAGACAAUAGACAGUGCUGAUAUUAUAGAUGAAACUGGAUUAUUGGAGAUUGAACCCAUUAAUGAACUUCAAGUAGGCAAGAAUGUCAAUCUCUUCUCUAUGAUAAAAAUGAAUGAAAUUGGAAAUAACUUUUGGUUGGCUCAGGAUGCCAGUGGAGCCAUUUGGAAACUUGACCUUAGUUUUUCAAAUAUUACCCAGGAUCCAGAAUGCCUCUUCUCCUUCCAUUGUGGAGCUAUUGAAGCCCUAGCUGUUUCUCCUGUCACUUAUCUUAUGGCCACUACUGCCUUGGACUGCUCUGUUCGAAUCUAUGAUUUUGCUAGCAAAACUCCUUUGGUUCAGAUGAAAUUCAAACAAGGUGGUACUGCCCUCACUUGGGUCCCCAGAAUAGUAAACUACUCUGGAGCACAAAUUAUCAUAGGAUUUGAAGAUGGUGUUGUUCGAAUUCUUGAACUCUAUGAUCCAAAAGGGCUCACACUUUUUACAGGACGGAAGAAAAUUUUGGAUGCUGAUAUUUAUUUUAAACAGGUUUUCAAGCCCCAUAAUGCUCAAGUCACUGCUUUAGCUUAUGAACGUGAUGGAGAAAUUCUAGCAACAGCGAGUAAAGAUCACACUGUCUUUUUCUUUGAAGUGGAAAAAAAUUAUAAGCCAAUUGGUUAUAUUAAAACUCCUGGACCUGUUUGCCAGCUGAUAUGGUCCACACUGUCUCAUCCUGAAAGUACUUUACUGAUUAUCUGUGAAAAUGGCUAUAUUCUUCAAGCUCCAUAUCCACCCAUUAAUGAAGAAGAGGACAAUCAUGAUGUACUCUCCUAUGAAAUCAGUGACAUGCCCAUAAGAUAUUUCCAUUUCUCAAGUGUCAAAUCUAAGAUUGUGAGAUUAAUAGAAAUUGAAAAGAGAGAAAAACAAAAGGAGUUGAAGGCAAAGGAGAGGGAAGCAAGGAGGAGGAAACUAGUAGAAGAGAUGGGAGAAGAUGGAGAACAAGAAUUCCAGGAGGAGGCGGAGGAGGAGGAGGAGGAAGAGGAGCCAUUACCUGAGAUUUUCUUUCCACCAACCCCUUCUCCCAUCCUCUGUGGCUUCUACUCUGAGCCAGAGAAGUUCUGGGUUUCAUUGGGUAGCUAUGAUUCUGGUUUUCUAUAUCACUGUGAAUUUCCCCCAUACGAUAAAAGCAGUGAUUUCAAAGUACAGAAAGAUGAGCCUUUUGAUUUCCGUUUUCUUCGAGAUACAGAAGAUAAUCCCAUCCAAACUAUCACGUUCAGCUUUGACCAAACUAUGAUGUUUUGUGGGAUGAGAAAUGGAGCAAUUCGAGUGUAUGUGCUAAAUCAGAAUGAUCCUUCACUGACCAGUUUGGAGCACUACUGGCACUUCAGUGUGCACGAUAGUAAUUAUGGCUGUGUUAAAAGCAUCUCGACCAGCUUUGACAACCGCUUCUUGGUGACUGCAGGGGCAGAUAGUAAUAUCUUUGUUUUCAAUGUUUUUUCUGAAUUUAUGUUAAAGAAAAGCACCAAAGCCAAAGUGCCAUCUCCCAGGUUUGGAAUAGAAACAGAGCCAAUUCCAGAGGAUAUUGAAGACCCCAAAGCCUACAGUAUUGAGAAUGCCAGGAGAAAAAGAGAACAUGACAAAUUAAUGAAAGAAGUAGAAGAAAUAAAAGCUGGGAAGAGAGAAAAAAUCAAAGCUUUGAGGAAUGAAUUUCAAAAGCUAUUAGAAAUGAAUAAAGAAUUACCAAAGCAUAUGCAACUUAAACGGACAGAUUUUAAUCUCGAUUCUGAAAUUCAUGCUGAGAUUGACAGAAAAACAGUUCACAAAAUUCAAGAAAUGGAAAAGGAGUUAGCUUGGGAAAAAGAGAAACAUGAACUUGGCUUAAAGAAGCUACAGAGAAGAUUUCGUGAUUCACUGGAAAGUGAUGUAAUUGUGGUUCAUGCCAUACAAAGUGACCACAAGAUAUCCUCCUAUAGGCUGGUGAAGCCCUCCAAGUAUUCUAAAUUAAAACAAACAAGUCAGUCAGACAGAAGACCAAGUAAACUUGACAGGCUUGAAAAAGAGGGACCUGGAAAAAGAGAUAGUCUGAAAGAUACAGGUGGGAGUAUUGACAUACAAGAAGAAUCAAUAAUAGACAAAGGGAAUAAAUUUCGACCUGAAACCCUAAGUAAAAUUAUGGUGGAAAAUCAAAUUGAAAAAACCAGAAAACUUAUAUUAAAAGCUGAAAGGGCUCAACUUAAGAUUCAGCAGCGGAAAAAAGAAUGGGAGGAACUGUACAGAAGUAAACCCGAUGAUGACUAUGAAGAUCCCAAAGAUGUUCAAGCCAUCAAAGAAGCCCAAGUGUAUAUGGGAGAUUUCAACCUAAAGACAGCCCCAGACUACAAGAUACCUGAGCACAUGAGAAUAAAUGCUGCCAAGAAGGAAGAGGAACUAGGACACCUUGACUCUUUGGUCUAUACAAAGAAAGUCCACAUGAACAAGUGCAUCUUUUCUCUUCGAGACCUUAAAGUGGCUGUUGUUGAAGAAAUACAGUGCCUGGUACAAGAAGUGAAGAACAUUCAGGCGACCCUUCACAUAUCCAAGCAUAUCCCCAUUCCUCAAAUCCCUCAGAUACACCCAGAAGAAGUUCCAGAAAAGAGAUUUCAGUAUGAUGAGGAGACCCUCAUAAAGUUUAAGGAACAGAAGGUGAAAAGUCUGAUUGAAAAGCCCAGCCAAGUGGAACAUAUGGGGUCUGGAGUCUCAAGUGGAAAAGAUAGUGAUUUGACCACGCGAGAUUCAUCAGUUAGGUUUUCUGGAGCAUCAAUAUUCAGUUCAGAUCUUCAAAUUGAAUUUGAAAAAGCAGAGCCAACUGAUGUGGAGCUAGAGAUUAUGAAGAGGGAUGAGGUUAAACACUUGUAUAUGCAACAGUAUUUGACCAACAGGAUCAAAGAACUGAUGGUCACUUUUGAUGCAGAACUCCGUCUCCUGAGACAUCAGAAACUAAAACUAGAUACUCAGAUGAAAUUAUCUGACCUACACCAUGUCACUUUAUUUCAAGAAAUUCUUCUUCUCAAGAAUUUUGAAAAACAGGAAAACAUACUUCAAGAGCGUGUUAAUUCAUUAGACAAAGAAGAGCAGGACAUGCAAUGGAAAAUAAAUGACACUCUUAAGGAGAUGGAAGAGAAAAAGAAUGAAAUCACCAAGCUCCAAGAGCAAGAAAAAGCUCUUUAUGCUGGUUUCCAAACAGCCCUUGGAGAGAAUAAUAAAUUUGCAAACUUCCUCAUGAAAGUCCUAAAGAAGAAGAUUAAGCGAGCAAAGAAAAGGGAGGUUGAAGGAGAUGCUGAUGAAGAUGAGGAAAGUGAGGAAUCAAAUGAAGAUGAAUCCAGCCUGGAGGAUGAUGAAGACGAAUUUGGAUCUGAAGCUGAGGUUUUGGAUGAUUCUAUCUGCCCCAUAGGCUGUGAUGUGGGUCUUUUUGAACGAGCCCUUCAACUUCGAGAGAAAAGGCUGGACAUAGAGGAGGCCUUGAUUGAAGAAAAGAAAAUUGUCGAUAACCUCAAAAAGGAAUAUGAUACAUUGUCUAAAAAAGUAAAAGUUGUGGCAAUGAAUUUGAAGACAGCAGAGGAGGCCCUGGAGGCUUAUCAGCGAGAGAAGCAGCAGCAGCUGAAUGAGGUGCUGGUUGUGCUUCCAUUCAAGCUCCACCAGAUAGAGUAUAUGGUAUUUGGGGAAAUACCUAGUGAUCUUUCUGGUACUUUGGUCUUCUCCAACCACUCCUUGGGACGGCUGCAAGAACGAAUUGUACAGCUCCAGGAAGAAAAUACCAGUCAGCAAAAACUUAACAAAGAAUGCUGGGAGAGGCGUAAAAUGCUCAUCCGAGAAAAGAGGGAGAUGGCAAAAAACAUAGAGAAAAUGGAACAAACAGUCCGUCAACUAAUGGUCAGCAAGUUUGGCCGAGUAAUAGAUCUAGAAGCUCUUCAGACACUUUCUGUUAACACAACACUGGAAGAACUGAAGAUCAAAAAACUUCAAAAGGAGCUAAUGAAUGCAAAGGAAAUGAAGAUGUGGGAGCAAAAGAUUGACCAAGCACGGUGGGAACUAAUGAUGAAGACAAAAGAACACACCAAAAAACUUCAUCAGAUGAAUGAUUUAUGUAUUGAGAAAAAGAAACUUGAUUCUCGGUUGAAUACACUACAGAACCAGCAGGGUAAUGCCUUCCAGAGCCCUCGGAAAGCAGAUAUUGUGGCAAGAAAGAAGAUCAAUGAAUUGAUACAAGUCCAGGCAGAAAGAAUUUUGGCCUUAAAGGAAGAGAUUGCUCUUUUGCGUAAGAAAGGAGGGCUUAUCCUUCCACCCAUUCAGUCUACACAGAAUGAAUGAAGCCCAUGGACCUUUAAGUUUGCUGUUUUGUCAAAUCCACCCAAGAUUUCUAACAUGUUCACUAUAAGUUCCAUCUCCUUGUCACCUGCAACAAUUUUAUUUUAAAGUGAAUUUCUCUAAAACUCUAAAACCAGAUCUUCUCAUGUAGUUCUUAAUAAUUUUCCUCCAACUUGGUUAUGUUAGAACCGAAUGCAGCACCCAUGUAAUUAUUAUUGAACUGAACCAUGGACUCCAUGGGUCUGGAUAUGAAAUCUUACAGGGUAUCUCAUAAUUCCAAGAAAGUAUUUGUAGUAUACUUUGUUUUAGGAAAAUUAUUUUUCAGGUAUUCUUAAUUUUGAGCCAUUGGCAAGAAAAAUGGUCAUUUAGCCAUUCAUUAGAAAACUUUUUUUUCUUGGUCCUUGGAUCCUUAUAAAAUAAAUUUUGUUUUCAUUAAAUAUUCUCUGGGAAAACACAAGAGAAAAAUUAUUUUGCCAACAGUAUCUUAGAAUAAGAAAUGCAAAUUAGAAUUUGGUAUUGUUGACUUCAUAAAGCAGUUAUUUGUGUGCUCAGGAUUCAGGAAAUGCAAACAGACAUAGCAAAGCAAUUUCCUUUGGGUUGGCAAAAAGCAGGAAAAUAACCAGCUUCCUGAAUCACUCACAGAUUUUGCCAACUCCUGGGUUCUGAGUGGAGCAGACAGCAUGUUUUGCAAGGGGGCUAAGGGAGUUUUCUCUGAAGAGUUUUGCAAGCCCAUCAGUAUUCUAAGUAUCCUUGAUAGUUUCUCAUGUCCUGUGACAUCUUCUUUCAGGUUUUAUUGAGUCAUCUGCUGGUUUUGAUACAGCUUAGGAAGAAAUGAAAUGGAAUAAUAUCUCUCUGAGAGAUCUUCUGUAAUAAUCACUUUUGAUGAUGUGUAACAUUUUCAACUAGCUUAAGACUAUCCUUUUGGUGUGGGGAGUGUUUAUGAAAUUCAUGGCCACAGCUACUGAGGAGGCAUGAUCUCACUGACACUUGGCAUCCUGGAGAGUAUGGCACUUUGCACUCAGAGUCCUAUGGGUCUGUACUACUGCACCACUUAUUGAGCCUGUCCCAGAAUAUUCAUUCCUCACUGAGAAGGAAAGAGGAGGAAGGCAAUCCCUGUAUUUCAUAAAUGUAUAAGGAAGCUCUGCAGUGUCAGGGGUUCCUAACUUGUGGUUAGCUUGCUAAACCUGCCCCUCCAAAUUAUACACAGGACUUGCUUUCCUUGUAUGUUGGAAUAUUCUUAGACGUGGCUGCUUGGCGUAUUGUCUAAGACUCCUUCACAUUCCUAUUAAGAAGUCAGAAUGAUUUGUUGUUUACACCUAUCACCUUAAAUCUUGGAUGUAGUAGCUUCUCUACUGGAGAACAUCUUAUGCUGUAUGCCCAACUCUAUGUUCCUUUCAAGCAUUUUUUAAAACAUGUUAGUCAUGAGCCGGGGAUUUAACUCAGUGGUGCUGUCGCCUGCCUCACAAGCACAAGGUCCCAAGUUCGAUCCCUGGUAGUUAGUCAUACCUCUGAGUGUUUUAUCUUUUUUAUUGCUGUGUAAAAAUAAUCACAAAACUUAGCUCAAAACAACAAACUUAUUAUUGCACUUAGGUUAGGGGUGAGAGUGUUUUGAGGGGUCAGGAAUCUAGGAUUAGUGUCCCUGGCUCAGGGUCUCGGAGUUGUAGUCUGACUAUGAGUUUGGGCUUCUGCCACCUGCCAAUCAGCAAGAGGCUUCAGUUUCUUACCAUGUGGGCCUCUUGACGGGGCUGCACGUGACGUGACUUCUCCAGAGCCAGUGAUCCAAGACUGAGGAAGAGAGUGAGAAAGAACCCCUAGGGAUGGAAGCCACAGCCUUUCACAACCUAGCCUCAGAAGUGACAGACCAUCACCGUUACCAAAUGGGUCACACAGGCCAAACUUGGUGUGAUGUGGGAGGACUGAUGCGGGGGUCAGUGGGGGCAUUGUCAGGCCGGCCACCACAUGGAGUAGCUCAUGGGCAUCUGAGAAAGAUAUCAAGGAGAAUCUACUCUCUUCCUAGUUGUGAGAGCCAUAAGUUAUGUAAUCCUCCUGGGCCUCAUUUUAUUACCUGACAAGUGAGGAAUUUAGAUAAGCUCUGAGCUCUUUCCCCUUCCAAAAUUCUGUGAUUUUAAUUGCAGCAACAGUGAAUUUAUUCUGUAAAAGCCAUGUCAAGGAUUCUUGCAUAUUUUAAUUUAUAGUGAAACUAAUCAGGAUUGUUUUUUCCAAUUUUAAAUCAUUAGUUAAAUCUACAAUCUGCAGCACUUCAUCCACCAUGCUUGGAAUUUGACAACAUAGCUAACAACACUUCAUUAUUUUAUCUUGAAUUGGACCAGAUGUAUUAUUAGCCUUAGUUUCAUUUCUACUUGAUUCCAGUUAUGGUCUUGAAUCUGUAAUUCUGUAUGAACACCUGCGUCUUUGGGAAACUUCAAACAAAAAGAGAACAGAAGGGUGCAGCCUGGACGAGGGGUGGAAAGCAUCCUGUUCCCUUGAUCCAUGUGCUGUUUCUUGCCACUUGCAGUGCUCUAAAGCAGCCUUACCUCUGAGGCAAAACCACCUACCAGCCUGUGUUAUUUGUAUGUUGUUAGUAUGAUUUGACCACUUAUGUUUUUGGUACUGGGGAUGGAACCUAGGGCUGCUCUAUUACUGAGCCACAUUCCCAGCCCUUUUUAUUUUACUUUGAGAGAGACGCUUGCUAAGUUGCCCAGGCUGGGAUUGAACUUGGAAUCCUCCUGCCUCAGCCUGCCAGCCUUCUGGCACUACAGAUAUGCACCACUACGCCUGGCUAACUUGGCCACUUUGAACUCUUGUCCAUACUAUCACUGGAACUCAGCACGGAAAGGAAAGAGACUUAAGUUCAGCCCCUGUCUUGGCACAGUAAAAGGCAUUGUUCAUUCCUACCAAGGUGACCCAUCCCAUCAGAGGGUUGUCCUCAGAGGUCUGCAAGACCCCACUGCUCUCCGUACCAUGAACUGGCUCCCACCCACCAGGUCUUACUCUUCCUGUUAGUGAUUUAUGUUGUCAUGACAGACCGAACGAAAAACCUGAAUCUAAAGAAAUAAAAGUACAUGCCAGGGAUUUAGCUCAGUAGCACUGCGCCUGCCUCGCAAGUGCAAGGUCCUGAGUUCAAUCCCCAGUAGCGCAGUAAAAAAAGAAAGAAAAGUACAAUGAAAUUGAGUAUCUGAACGGCUUCAUUUUCUGGGCUGACAUUUAAAGUAGCAUGUCCUAUUUCCUUCUUUCCUGCAAUUGGUUAAGGUAAAUAUACACAUGUAUGCCAUUUAACAUAGCCCAGAAAUUCUUUUCCUUUCAUAGGAUGCAUGCAUUUUUUUAAGAGCUAAAAUCAAUCUGCAUUAUGAUUCCAAUGAUGUAUUUUAUACAUUGUUUCAAUUAAGUUCGCCAAAAUCAACUUUGGCAAUUACUUUAGAUCAUCAAGGAAAAUUUAAAAAAAAAAAAGGGAGAGCCUUUAAAAACCUCCAGUGGGUUAACAGGUGAGCGGCACCUUAGAUCUGAGAGUGCCUGGAUUAGCAAAGAUCAGAACAGUAGCUGCCCUAACCUGGAAGUGACCUCUAGGCCCUUGAUGCUAGGCUGUGUCUGAAAUCCUAGUUAUCUUAUUUCUUCUCUUGCCUUCUCUGCUACUUCUCUGUUCCUUUCAGUGUUUUGAAAAUACUGCUUUCCUAAAAAUCAUGUUGUGCUUUGAAGAGAGUUCUUUAAGAUUUAGCUGUUUGAAGGCCAACGGAUCCAAGUCCAGGGAGGAGCAGGUGUGAAUCUUCUUGUGACCAGCAGAGGGUGCACUAGACUCAAGCAGUCAAGUCUGAACAUCUCUUCCAGCCGGAGUCCCACGCUUUCCUGGGACAGCAUCUGUCAAAUUCUGAUGUACUCAGAGCUACAGCACUGGCUUAGCACAUGCAAGGCUGUGGGGUCAAUCCCCAGCACCACAAAAAGAAAAAAAAGUCUAGCACAUUUCUUAAGAAUUGUCUCAAAUGGCAUUUCAUGUGUAACUGGCUUUUGCUUAAAUCUACAAAAUAUACCCUACCUGCAAACCCUCAGUUAAAAGUGUAUAAAGCCUUUCAUCACAAGCUUCAGUCCCCAUCUGAGGAGUUAGCUCACCUAUUAGUCCACUGGAAGCUUUUGAAAAAUCUCCCUUCCACACAGAAAGGUUUUAAAAAUUUCAAUAAAAAAAAAAGAAUCUGUAGCUGAUCUUUUGGUUGG